GGAGCGCUUAUCUAAUGCAGUUUCCCAACCCAGUCUUCAGGGAACCCCGGACAGUCCACCUUUUUUGCUCCCUCCCAGCCAAUCAGGAACACCGAAUACCUGGUACAGGUGUGCUGGGAGCUGAGAGGAAGCAAAAACGUGGACUGUCCGGGGUUCCCCCGAGGACUGGGUUGGGGAAACUGCUCUAAUGUGCCCCAAAACCUUCUGUCCACCCAUCUUCCAGUUGCACAUCUUGGGUAGUACAGCAGGGUCCCAUGACACCUUACAGCCUGUGCUCCAGCUGAGCAGUUGUGGUGGUUUUUUCUUUGUUUUAAUUAGGAUUUAAUGCAAUAUAAGGUACUGUACUUAAUCCGUAUCAUUUUUCUUUACAAGUCACCAUUUACAAGCAUAAAGCGGUGAUCCGCAGUGUUGAGCGCCAUCUGGCGGCCGGUUAGCCGAGACAGCUCUGAUUUGCGGGGGGACGUUAGUGUGCGUGUUGGCGACCUGCCCGAAGGGGGCGCUCCUGCUCCCUGGACGCCGCGCCUCUGUACGCGGUCGUACAAAGACUGGCAACUGCUUUCAGUAUAAAUCCCUUAAUUAGGUUGUAGCGCAGACUGCAGUACCACUGAAAAUUAAUUUACAGUAUCUACAGUAGCUUUUUUUUUACUCCUGGUUCUGCCGACGCAUUGCGUAUGCAGGUCUUCGUUCUAUUCCUACCUCAGAUCGGGCUAAAAAGACGCGUCCGCAGCCUGCGGUGUUCAGAUUAUUAACGCAUGCUAAAUCCACCCAAAGUAAUAGAUUAAGGGCUGUCCCAUUUUCACAAGUUUCACCUUGAUUUUGCCCCAGUGGAAUUCUCAUAGAGGUUACUGUUUCGAAUCUUUGCCCCUGAUCGUAAUGGGCGCAGUGUCAGGAUAUAAAAUAUGGAUGUAAGUGACGAACGUAGACGGUACAGUAUGGGAUCAUUUCCCCCAGCCCUGGGAUGUGUGCAUGGAAGGACCUGAUUUGUCGGAAGUCUUAAAUAACGCUUUAUUAUUAUCACUACGAAGACGUUCUUUUAAUGAACUGAGGUUUUUUUGGAUGCGAACAUUAGUCACAUGCUCUUUUUUUUAUAUGCUACGUUUCAGAAUAAUCAAAGAUGAUUUUGUGAAGCUUUCCGGUUUACGCUUUUUUUAAAAUUAUUUUAGUUUGUGUGAAUCGAUGUCCUUUUAACUGAAUUCGAAGUUUUAUUUGUAACAUCUGGAAUAAAGCAAAUCAUUGUACAAAAACAUCCCCACCAGAUGGCGACCUAGUGCUGAAAGUAAAUAAAAACCUCGAUUUUAUUUUCUCACUAAAAUGGGAAACUGCACAAACUCCCCGGUAUCGUAAUUUUAUAUUUAUUUUCGUAAGUACCAUAAAAAUAACGAUUAUGAUUUUAAUAGGAAUCAUGAGCGCCGGCUAUGUUUCAGUACAAAUAAAAUUAGAUAAAGAAUUCUUUUUAAAUUAGACGUAUAACCCAAAUUGAGCACUGGUAUGAAAAACAGGGCACACAGCCGCGGUCCUGUCUGCAAAGGGGUCGGGUCUUUGAAUCAGUGCGCCCUGCGGAUAAUCGGACAGCUGGGUGCGCGUCCCCGCAGCGCGUCCCCGCAGCGGCAGGAAACAUGGCGGCGCUCCCGUCUCUGGCACAGCUGUCCGGUGGAAACCCCAUAUAUGAGAACUUCUACAGACAGGUCGAUCCCAGAAGUACAGGUAGGGUGGGAGCCAGUGAGGCUGCACUAUUCCUGAAAAAGUCAAAGCUUCCUGACCGUACUCUGGGCCAGAUAUGGGAGCUGGCAGACUCCAAUGGAAAUGGCUUCCUGGACAAGCAGGGCUUCCUGGUAGCUCUGAGGCUUGUGGGUCGAGCCCAGAAUGGACAGGAAAUCAGCCUCACUGGCCUCGAGCUCCCGGGACCCCCGCCUACGUUUACUGACACAGGCAGUCCGAUUCUGAGCAGCAUGUCCUUGGGCGACACCCACUGGGCCGUGAAGCCGGAGGAGAGGGAGACCUUCAGUGACAUUUUCGAGAGCCUGUCCCCAGUAAACGGACUUCUGUCCGGCACGAAAGCAAAACCAGUGCUGAUGAAGUCCAACCUGCCUAUGGAAGUGCUGGGAAAGGUGUGGGAUCUCAGCGACAUUGAUAAAGACGGAAGCCUGGACAGAGAGGAGUUUGCUGUGGCAAUGUACCUGGUGUACCGCAGCCUGGAGCACGAGCCCAUCCCCCCGAGUCUCCCCUCCGCCCUCAUCCCACCCUCCAAGAGGAAAAAGGUCGGCUGCACAUUCCCCGGCUCCGUGUGUGUCCUGCCGUCUACGCCCCCCCCAGCCAGGGACAGCCUGCACUCCACCCCCACCCACACCAGCCUGGUCUCGGUUCCCAGUAGCCCCUCUCCCAGGCCCUCACUCGAGCCACAGCCCUCCAUAUCCUGGGUAGUGCCGGCGGCAGACAGGGGGCGCUAUGACGACAUCUUCCAGAAGACAGACUUGGAUAUGGACGGCCUGGUCGGUGGCCAUGAAGUGAAAGAGAUCUUCAUUAAUUCCGGGCUUUCUCAAAACCUGCUGGCCCACAUCUGGUCCCUGGCUGACACCAGACAGGUGGGGAAGCUGACCAAGGAGCAGUUCUCUCUGGCCAUGUACCUCAUCAACCAAAAGGUCUUCAAAGGGCUGGACCCCCCGCAGGCCCUCACCCCCGACAUGCUGCCCCCCUCGGAGAGGGCUGCCCCGGAGGCUAGCCUUUUGGGGUUCCUGCCCCACAUGGGGUCAGACGCAACACGCCUGUCAGAAAUGCAGCAUGAAAGAUUGGACUCAGAGGGGCUGGUUGAGCUCACUGGGAUCAAAGAUCUGGAUGAUGUGAGCCUGGAGAUUGCUGAGCUGCAGAGGGAGAAAUCUCUGCUGGAGAAGGAGGUCAGGGAGAAGGAGGAGGCCAUCAGGCACAAAUCAAGUGAGGUGCAGGAGAUGCAGAGGGACCUGGAGCGGGAGGCCAGCGGCCUGCAGCAGCUGGAGGCACAGAAGCAGGAUGCACAGGAGCGGCUGCAGGAGAUGGACCAGCAGAGGGCAAAGCUGGAAUCCAUGCUGGCCGAUGUGCGGCUCAAGUGCCGGGAGGAAUCCCACACGGUGACCUCUCUGCAGAGCCAGAUCCAGUCACAGGAGGCGGACAUUCAGAGCCAGGAGGUGGAGCUAGGAGAGGCCAGGGCGGAGCUGGGGCGCUUACAGCACGAGGAGACUCAGCUGGAGCAGAGCGUGCGUGCCGGCAGGACGCGGCUGGAUGCUGUCACAAGGUCCCUCAAGGCCACACAGGAGGAGAUCAGCCAGGCUCGCAGUAAGCUGUCCCAAAUCCAGGCCAGUCAGGAGGAGGUGAAGAGGACCAUCGAGGAGUACGGCAGCAUCCUAAUCGGAACCGGCUCAAUCAACCUGACCGACGCCUUUCCGCCAGGAGAUGCUCUGCAGGAGCCUUUAAGGACAAAGGCCUCCCUGUUCCCGGCGCCGUCCCCAGAGCUGACCUCUGACCCCUUCCCGACGGAGGACCCCUUCAGAUCAGACCCCUUCAAAGACACGUUUUCCGGUGACCCUUUCAAAGGCAGCGACCCCUUCAAGACAUCCUCAUCCGAUGGCUUUUUCGAGAGGGACCUCUUCUCACCAUCUGCGUCAUUUGGCCCCUCCUCCAGGGCUGCCUCCGUUGGGCCCAAACCAAACACUUCAGACCUCUUCAGCAGCAGCGACUUCGCCGACUUCAGUCACAUGACAAAGGGCCUGGUUGACGACCCCUUGGCCCGGAGGCAGCACAGCCCGGCAAGGACGGGGCCCCCCCGGCCUGCCCCCCCCAGUGGUGAGCUGCCAUCGGGGGGCAGUCAGAUGUUGAGACCCCCCCCCACGGUUGAGAUGUGCAACCUUUCCCACGGGUUUGCUAGAUACUAUAAACAGGAAGGGCGUGUGAGCUGAGAUAAGCCACGAUCUCUGUGCCGCGUGUGUGUGGCUGCGUGUGUCCGUGCGGUCAGAGGUAGGCCAGCACCCCUGCACACCCUGUGGCACCGCUCUGCUCGUGGGUGACGGGGCCAAAAGCAGAAGUGGUACCGACUCAGCUGGCUUCCCGUCCAAGCCGCGUGUUCAGAGGCCGUUCUUGUCAGUGUCACUGCCCAUGUGCAGGCAGGAGCGACUGUCUGCUGUGAGAGUGUGUGUGUGUGUCAGAUGAUGAUUGUGUCUGACAUGAUUCUGAGUCAAUUAUUAGCACAGUUGUGUAGCCUCCUGUGAGGGGGGUGGGAGAUGUCUGCCCCCCCAGCUCUCAUGAGGGGCUCUCUGCUCUGUGUAUACUCAUGCUGCGUUCAUGCCAUCUGUCGCCUUGACGGCACGAGCAGCUUGCCCCCGCCAGUGGGGGAGCCGCUUGUGGCCGCUGGCACUGUGAUUGCACUGCGGUUAGCGCCCUGACAAGCCGCCGCCCUUUCUCAGGCUGCGCUGGGAGCCCGCUCACCCCUGCGUGACCCCCGCACCUCCCACGGGGCACUCGCUUCGCUCUCUACCCCACAAAGUUAUUUGCAAAGACCAAGAAUAAAAUGUGUAGAGAUGUGCUUGUGUCCCUGAUGUUAAAAAAGGAGUCCUGGUGGGGGGGGGGGGUGUGUUUACUCUGCUCUCUGAAUCUCUGUAUCGCAUCUCUGCGGUUCGAUGCUAUGCUGCAUCCUCAUUCUAAUGAAUCUAUAUUAGUCCCAUCCGUUAAACUGGCCCUUCAUUAGGUCAGGGUUGUGUGUGUGUGUGUGUGUGUGUGUGUGUGUAUACCUUACCUUAUGGGGACACAAUGUCCCCACAAUGUGAUGAAUACCCAUUUUUUUCUCCCUUAUGGGGACCAGAAAACUCAAUUAAAAUAAAAAAAAACUGAAUUUAAUACAAAUCUGUGAUUGCAAUGAAAAAACAAAAAAUGUAAGAAGUCUUGUAUUUUGUUUGGUUACUUAUGGUUAUGGUUAGGGCUGGGUGGGGGUUAAGGUUGUCAUAGUUAGCGUUAGCAUUUUUCCCACAGAAACGAAAGAGGCGGUCCUCAUAAAGAUAUGUGUACCCGACAUGUGUACAUGUGUGUGUCUGUGUGUGUGCAUGUGUGUGCUUGGGCGUGUCAGUGCGUAACACUC